UUCGAUAAAGAUAACCGUUUCAAUUAUGACAACGAUAUCACUGUUUCACAAUGUUAUAAAGAUAAUUUCUUUGCCCAAUGUGCUCCACUUCCUAAACCGAAUCGGAUCAAACGUAACAAGUACUUAGCCGCGCGAAUAAGUCGAUAUCCGAAUUCGGUUUCAAAAUUUCAACUAACAAGCUUGGUACUCAGCGGGGACAUUUCUCCAAAUCCUGGUCCUGAUGACCACACUAAAACUACCAACGGUUUAAAGGCCUUAUAUUUGAAUGCAAGAAGUCUAAAAGCUUUUGCAUCACUUGAUGGUGGCUCUACUAAAGUAUGUAAGAUCACGCUACUGCAACAUCUAGUUUUGAGUGGCUCCUAUGAUAUCAUAUGCAUAUGCGAGACAUGGCUAAAUGGCUGUAUAUUGAACAGCGAAAUAUUAUCUGGCUAUAACAUCUUUCGCCGAGAUAGAAUUGACCGUGUUGGAG